GGAGAAAAGUUCCGGCCGACUCACGCGCGGGUUGGGUCCAGAGCGUGGCUGGGACCUUCCAUUCAAGGGGGGGGGGGUAGGCGGCCGAAACCAUGGGGAAAUUGAACGUCGUAUUGCUUCGCUAUCUUUCCCGAGAACACUUCAGAGUACUAACUGCGGUGGAAAUGGGCAUGAAGAACCAUGAAAUAGUCCCUGCCAGCUUGAUUGCUUCCAUUGCUAGUCUCAAACAUGGGGGAUGUAACAAAAUUUUGAGAGAAUUAGCAAAGCAUAGGCUCUUGGCUUAUGAACGAACUAAAACUGUCCAAGGUUAUCGAUUAACUAAUGGAGGUUAUGAUUACUUAGCCUUGAAAACUCUUUCUUCUCGACAAGUUAUCUGUUCUGUUGGAAACCAGAUGGGCGUUGGAAAAGAAUCAGAUAUUUAUAUUGUUGCAAAUGAAGAAGAGCAGCAACUUGCAUUGAAGCUGCAUAGACUUGGGAGGACAUCCUUUCGGAACUUAAAAAACAAGCGUGAUUACCAUAAGCACAGAAACAAGAUGUCCUGGCUCUACCUGUCACGUCUUGCUGCAAUGAAGGAGUUUGCCUACAUGAAGGCUUUGCAUGAUAGAAAAUUUCCUGUUCCAAAACCAUAUGACUACAAUAGACACGCAGUAGUAAUGGAACUUGUCAAUGGUUACCCUUUAUGUCAAGUCCAUCAUCUCGAAGACCCUGCCUCUCUGUAUAGCGAGCUAAUGGAAUUAAUUGUGAAACUUGCCAACCACGGUUUGAUCCAUGGUGAUUUCAAUGAGUUCAAUCUCAUGUUGGAUAAUGAAGAUCGAGUCACAAUGAUUGAUUUCCCGCAGAUGGUGUCAACGUCUCACCCAAAUGCUGAAUGGUACUUUGACAGAGAUGUGAAAUGCAUCCGUGACUUCUUUAUGAAACGUUUCAGCUAUGAAAGUGAACUCUAUCCAACUUUCAAGGAUGUUAGGAGGGCAUGUUCUCUUGAUGUCGAAAUUGCUGCCAGCGGUUACACCAAAGAAAUGCAGGAAGAUGAUGAGCUUCUUCACCCAGCUGGCCCUCGCGAUGAGGGCAAUGAAACUGCCUGUUCUCCCGACGCACAAGAUUCUGAAGGGGGAGAAACACUAUGUAGCGGCACAGAUCAAAAGACCGAAGGGGACUUCACAGGGGAGGUUGACGAUGCCACCGAAGAUUUGGGGCAAAGCAGCGAAGAAGAUGAUAGCGCAGAUGAAAGUGAGCAGAGUUUAGAUUUGCGGGAGUUCGCCUGUGCCUUACAACAAGCUGAAGGGCAAAUUAUUGCUGCUCGAGACAGGGCUAAUGCAGGCUGCUCUGUAAUUGAUUUUUCUGAGGAUGAAAAGAAAAUUGGAAAAUCUACCAAAACUGAAGAUCAAACAGGUCAGGGAGAAGAGCCUGCUGAGAAGGACUGCGAAGAUGAAUGCCCUGAUCUGGUUGACUUGUCAACAUUAAACAGAGAAUUCAGGCCUUUCAGAAAUGAGGAAAGCCUAUGUCACAUCAAUGACCACAGGACAAGAACUACUAGCAUGACUUCAGCAGGCAGUAUGGGAAGUCGUUCCACAAUUCCUCCAGAGCUGAUAAAACAGAAGAUCAAGCGCCAGCUGACGAAACAGCAAAAAGCCGCUCUGAGACGGCGGUUGCAGAAAGGAGAAGCAAACGUUUACACGAAACAGCGACGGGAACACAUGCACAACAUCAAGUCGAGUUUGGACACAGCCAGCUUCUGGGGCUGACAUCCUACAGAAAGAUCUUCCUUCUUUCCCCAUGCCUUGCAAAUCAAUGAAAGAGAUGGCUUUCUGCUUAACCAACAUGUCAAGUUGUGUUCUUUCUGUUGUAGCCUGAGACAAGCCUUCAAGGCCUACUCUGUGGCAGCCCCAAGUUCAGAUGUGCCCCGUGAGAUUUCUUAUUUGGUUUGUUUUUUUACUGGAGUGCUUCACUAUGCUUGUUGAGAGCAGGAGGCUCCACCUUGCAUGGCUGUACGGCGGCCCAGAUCCUGCCCCAGGAGCCAGCUGGCUAUGUCACUUGGCUUUCAGGAAGCCCGCUUCUAGAGGAUUCCACUCACCAUUUGCUACACCGCUUUUUUCAGAAACAGAAGCCAAAAACUUCCACAAGCAAUAAAAUUGUCAGAGAAAGCAAACUUAGGACAGCGAACUCCCAGUUUUCAGGUGGCUAGACUGAAAAUAUAGCCCAUCUGAUACUAUGCAUAUAGACACAAGGCUCGGUGAGUUCAGUUUAGCACUCUCCCUGGAUUGGGUACAUAGGAUUGUAUUGCUUAGAUGCCCAUUUAAGCCUGCAAUCCACCUAAACGUGCUUUUCAGAUAGUAGGGUCCAUUAGAUGAGGCGUAAAAUAAGCACAGGGGUGCGGGUGGCGCUGUGGGUUAAACCACAGAGCCUAGGGCUUGCCAAUCAGAAGGUCGACGGUUCAAAUCCCCACGACAGGGUGAGCUCCCGUUGCUUGGUCCCAGCUCCUGCCAACCUAGCAGUUCGAAAGCACGUCAAAGUGUAAGUAGAUAAAUAGGGACCGCUCCAGUGGGAAGGUAAACAGCGUUUCCAUGCGCUGCUCUGGUUCGCCAGAAGCGGCUUAGUCAUGCUGGCCACAUGACCUGGAAGCUGACUCGGCCAGUAAAGCGAGAUGAGCGCCGCAACUCCAGAGUCGGUCACGACUGGACCUAAUGGUCAGGGGUCCCUUUACCUUUAAAAUAAGCACAAGUUUACAAAACAUGGGAUCAAACUGCAAUAAUCUUAAGGAGAUGGUUUUAAGGCUAGUGCAAAUCCUUGGGCUGAAAUCUGACAUUAUUAGAGCAUUCCACACCCCCGUUUAAAGUUUCCCUGUUAUCUUCACUGUGGCUCAAUUGCCUUACUUUGCAAUCCCAUAUAUGUUUACUCAGAGGUAAGCCCUAUUGAGGUCAGUGGUACUUCCUCCCAGGUAAUUGUUUUUGCCUUCGCAAUAAUUGAUGUAGCACCGUCAGCAGUAUCUUAAUUUCUAAACUUGAACAAAGGCCCACAAGUUUUUCAUGACUAGCAGAGCUUUGAACCUAGAAGCUCUUGCUCAAUUUCUCUCAGCCCUUCCAAGGUUUCAUGCAUAAAUCCUGCCCAAACUGACAAGUAAUAAAAAUGAUGUUGCACAGGCCUGGCUGGCACUCGGAUCUCUAAGCAGCUCUCUGCAACUGCUAAUAAAUUUUGUUAACAUACAUUCAACAGUGUGCUAGAUAGCCUCUCGCAAAAUAUCUUGGAAACUCAGUAGCCAGGAGCACUUGGCUGAAGUGGUGUGGGUUUAAAGUGCAUAGAAGAUGUUUAUCUAGCAGAAAUAGAAGCAAGCAGUUGUUAUGCUGAAUCUACUUUGUUAGUAAGAAUAAUAAUUUUAGUAUUUAUACCCUGCCCAUCUGGCUGGGUUUUCCCAGCCACUCUGGGUAGCUUACAGCAAAUAUUAAAACUUAAUAAAACAUCAAACGUUAAAAACUUUCCAAAACAGCUGCCUUCAGAUGUCUUCUAAAUGUUGUGUAGUUCUUUGUCUCCUUGACAUCUGAAGGGAGGGGGUUCCACAAGGAGGGCAUCUAAAACUGUUACAACUAAAACUGUAUGGGAUAAGUUUAAGAACUCCAGAACGUAGGGAAAUUGUGAUUUUUUAAAAAAUAAAAAAGGUGUGGUUUCUGUAAAAUCAGGUCAGCUGGGGCCAGCAUAUUUUUAAAUUCAUGUUUCCUUCUAUUCUGCACUACAGCUUGAAGCAUCUUCGUGAAGUUCAGUUUAUGAUAGUUUUUGUGAGUGUAUUUAAUAUAGCAGCUGAAAUCCUAAAAGAGUGGGGUGGGAAUGGUUUUCUCAUUGCUGAAGUAGCCGUACAUAGCCAGAGAUCAUAUUUAAUGUGAUCAGUACAGCUUAUCUAUUUCUAAAAUAAUUCAAGGACAGAGCAUAUUACAACAACCAAGAAAAAACAUGAGCAAGAACUGAAAACAGGUUAAAAGCCCAGUGGCCUAAGAAAGUUUUAAUUGCCCACCUAAAUGGGAAUGUUGCCGGCCAAAGUGGAAUCACUGAAUUGUACAGCUGGAAGGCAUCAAUGGUGUCUUGCAAGUGUCGCCCUUUACUUUCUCCCACAUACCUGUAUGACAGAAUGCCGUUUACUCUAGUGGGGAGAGAAAUUCAGCACUGCCGUAUAAUGGGGGAGAGCCUGAGUUUCUUAUAGGAAGGUACACAUUGCCCCAAAGAUCCCUGCAUUGCAGAGGGUUGAAAUAGAUGGCCCUCGUGGUCACUUCCAACUCUGAUUCUGUGAAAUACAUCGUGGACCUGCGUGCAGAACAAAGAUGCUCUGUAUUCAAGCCUUUCAAUAUACAUGCCUUCUUUUCGCAUGCAUCCUUCCUAGCAUAAUUACAGAGAUUUUGCUAGUUGACUUUUAAAGUCUGAAGAGGGUUUUUUUUAUUAAAAAAAAACACAACCUAGUUUAUAUGCGUUUCUGUUUCAAGAUUGAGGGAAGGGCUGAAAGGUUGAUGAUGCUGACGUUCUUGAAAGUAACCUUUAACAGAUUUCCACAAGAGAAGAUAGUUUGCACAUGUAUGCUUAUUACCUGCCUACUUCCAUCUGCAUCAUCCCCUGAUGCAAACAGCUGCCACACAUUUCAACAAGACGGACUACUUCCAUGCCUUUUCUCAGGGUUCUGUACCCUGGAAGCAAUUUGUAUGUUGCUUGUUAAGCUUUCGUGUCACCUGAGGUCACGGACCAGCAUUGAAAGAACUGCAAAACUCGUUAGGCAAGUCAAAGAGAAGCAUUAGACUUGGUUGCUUUUGAGUAAAAUAUUCAAAAGGUAAACAAGCGAUGGAACAUGGGAUACCCUACAGUUUUGGGGCACGCUGUCGUCUCUAAGAACGUUGGAUAUAAGUACUUGAUUGACGGUUUUUUUGUUUUACUUAAAGAGAGAAUCUGUUUAUAUCAGGCAUGUCCAACAAGUAGAUCGUGAUCUACCGGUAGAUCACUGGACAUCUGUGGUAGAUCACUGGCUCCCCCCAAAGAAGCUCAACACUUUUGCCCUGCACCCCUCAAAAAUGGGCAUUCCUCCUUCCUAAAAAAAGCUCAACAAUUUUGACCUGAACCCCCUAAAAGGGUGUAGAUCACUGCCAGUUUUUAACUCUGUGAGUAGAUCACAGUCUCUUGGGAGUUGGCCACCCCUGAUUUAUAUUAACAUUUAAUACGAAGAAGUGGAGAGCCUUGUAUGCCUCUCUCAGCCAGGUGUGCUCUGUCCCAGCUCCUGCCAACCUAGCAGUUCGAAAGCAUGCCAGUGCAAGUAGAUAAAUAGGUACUGCUGUGGCGGGAAGGUAAACAGUGUUUCCAUGCUCUCUGGUUUCCACCACGGUGUUCUGUUGCACCAGAAGCGGUUUAGUCAUGCUGGCCACAUGACCUGGAAGGUUGGACAAAUGCUGGCUCCCUCAGCCUGAAAGUGAGAUGAGCGCCGCAACCCCAUAGUCACCUUUGACUGGACUUAACCAUCCGGGGUCCUUUACUUUAUCCAGAAAAUUCAUGGUUUUCUAAGCCCUGCAGGCAUCAGCUGCUCCCUCAAAGAGCAGGAGUAGGCAGUACACUGAGAGCCUGGGAAGGAGGGCUCCAUUGGAUGAACAUAAUGCCCAGGAAUUCAACCUGGUAGACCUAGAAAGAAGAAGAGGUGGCCUCAGCCUAUGGUAAUCCUCGCACACUGAGCUGUGUAUGCACAGAUAGGACAUUUAGAUAAAUAAUGGGGAAAUAGAGAAGCAAAGCACUAUAGCAAGGGAUUGUCUGAGUGACUGUGAUUUCCCAUGCUUCAGACUUUGUUUCAUUUUGGGAUAAAGACAGGUAUUUAAAGCAUUUUUGAAAAAUUAAAAGUCGUUCCAAGGCAGAGCCAUAAAUAUCCACUUGUCCUUAACCUUCGGUUUUGUUUAGAUUACCAUACAUUUCUCUGGGGAUAAAAAUGGCUAAGGGAGGAACUCGGCCCUGACAUUGUACCAUGAUAUAUCUCUUAACAAGAAAAGAGGUAGAAUUCCUGAAAUAUCUGAAGUCAUCAGAGGUCACUAUGAAGUUUAUACAAAGGCUGGACUCCGCGGUGUUCCGUUUAUAUUUCAUAUGUGGAUAUUCAAACAAAAGUUUAUUUACUGGGAACCUGAGGAAACGGGGAGGUUAAGCCAAUAACGUCCAGGACACUCCUAACAAAUUCACAUAUUUAGCAGGUAUCGGAGAAUUGUUUAAUCAACAUCCUUCAAAUGCAUUUUUAAUGGAUGCACUUAACAGUGUUUUUCGUAACUGGUCAUACAAGCGCCACAAAAAUACUACAGACUCUUGUAUCUGCUGAUACAAUAUUGUGUAUAUUACUUGACUUUCAGCUAUACGGGAAUAAAAGCUGUCAGCUACGUUUGCUGCCCUACCACCCUGGUUGAUAUUUGUAACUGAAUUGAAAGGAGAAAAUCAGGAACAGGUGUCAUUUUUUUUCCUCCUUACCUCGGUUAAGAAAUAGUCCAUCUGCAGAUGUUACUAAACCUCCCUACAGAGAGGUGAACAUUGCCAAAAUGGGCAGAAGCUCUUUCCUCAUUUGUUUUUUAAAAAUAGUAUACAAAGGUAAGAGUCUGUCAGGAAGCCUCAUACA